AUGGAGAAGCAUUCAAACGAGAAACUUCUGCGAUGCAGCCACUGCGGCAUUCGUUUCGGCGAUCGAGACCAGAUUCGCGAACACGACUGCACAUCAGCCCUCCCUCGUGCUUCCUCGGCAGGCUGUAGUCGAUCGUCCGCGGCCAGUCCGGAUGCCGAUCGUGGAUCUGUGCCAGCAGUGGCUGGACCUUCCUUCUCCCUUGUGGAGAAGACCCGAAAUGCCCCUCCACCACCAGCUAUAUUUGGGCAAUUUUUCCCACAACGGCAAGGUGGAUUCCUUUGCUCACCGCCUGCUAAUCUGUUUCCGCUCUCAGUUCCUCCACCAUUUACGAUCCAAAACACGCAUCCUCCUCAUCCAUUCUUCAUGCGACCACCGUUCGAACCUCGGCCUGAUCUUUUUGGCCAGCGGCCUGAUGUGAGCACGGAAGAUGACUGGGAAGCGUUAAUGGAGAUAUCGACCAGCGAUGAAGCCGAGAAGAUCCGAGCCCUGGUCGGCGACAAAGCGAUGCCAACAACCGACCCGAAUCAGUGCAUUCUCUGCAGGAGAGUGUUGUCGUGCAAAAGUGAACGUCCGUUCAAGUGCAAAAUAUGUCAGCGUGCUUUCACAACGAAAGGCAACUUGAAGACACAUAUGGGUGUACAUCGAGCGAAGCACUCGUUUCGUGGCGUUCCGAUCGGCUUGGGAGGCCCCAUGGGUAACCCGAUGGCGGCUCCAAUGGCUGGACUCAACGGAUUUCCACCUCCGCUGCAGCAAACGCAACAAUGUCCCAUUUGUCAAAAGAGGUUCAUGAACGGCAUGCAACUGCAAAGUCAUAUCUCGGAGCACACUCAGGCACUUACUGGCAGGCAUUUACCGCCACCGUCUCCAUCCACACCAAAACUCCUACCACAUUCAAGGGCUGGUCCGUUUUCAUCACCUUUUCCGCCGCUGUUCCCCUUUUUCAAUCCAGCAGCGCAAAACGGAGCGCCGGCUCCGUUCAACCUCGCACAACUGCUUGGGACUCAGCUUGAUCAAAGGCGGGACGAGGAGUCUGGCACAGAGUCCAAGGAAGAGCAAAGCUGCCAGUACUGUCCAAACAUCAGUGCGCUGUCUGUUUCAAGCACUUCAGUUCCUAGUUCAGCCCUGCAGAUCCAUAUGAGGACCCAUACAGGUGACAAACCGUUCAAAUGUGAGAUGUGUGGUCGAGCGUUCACAACAAGAGGAAAUCUGAAAGUUCACAUGGGCACCCACAUGUGGCAGCAGAGCCCCAGCCGAAGAGGUCGCCGAAUAUUCGACACUGGUUCCGCUGAAGAGGCUGGACCUCGUCCUGGUUCACUGCCAGGAGGUGGCGCUCUGCCGAUGCCGCCACCGCUUGGUCUAUUCGGUCCCACCAACAUGGAGAUGAUGAUGAUGCUUUGGCGGACGGUAUGCUCCGUUUGCCAAAAGGUUUGCGCAUCGCCAAGUGAGCUGGAACAACAUCUCAAGGAUCAUCUCAACGGUUCGCUCAACCUUCGAGAGAACACCACUCCUCAGACGAUAUCUUCCGAUUAA